UGGAAGGUAAGCGGACGGCGAUAUCAUGGGACAAGAAAUUAGUGCACAAGAAACAUUUAUUGAGGGUCUUAAAGACUCACUCAAGGCGCGAGGAGUAAGGGUUAAGAAAAAAGAUCUUGCUCAUUUUUUCCUUUUCCUUAGAGAUGUUUGCCCUUGGCUCCUCCAAGAGGGAACCAUAGACGAGAAAAGAUGGCAAAGAGCAGGCGAAGCCUUAAAUGAUUAUUACAGGACUUUCGGGCCAGACAAGGUCCCUGUCACUGCUUUCUCUUAUUGGAAUUUAAGCAAUGAUAUUUUGGCAGUAAAACCCUUACAUAGAGACAUUAAAAAUGUUUUAGAAGAAGGGGAGAAAUUCCUUAAGAAAGAACUCAGAAAAAGUACCUCCUCUCUGGCUUCCAGUCCGGGUGAAAGCCAUACGCCUCCUCCAGAUAAAAAAAAAUCCCUCUUACUAAUAAUGAAGAUUCUGUCUCCAUAAUGAUGCCCUUUGAUGACUGUGCAGAAGACGCUAAAAUCUCUCACCCUGAUCAAAAUUCGGGCGUGAUUUUAAAAAAUAAACCUCCUGAAAAAAGACUUAAAUCCCCUAAAAGACUUUAUCCCUCCUUAAAAAUCUUCCACUCUGAAAUUAAUCAUUCUGACGAUGACGGCCUGACCCCUGAGGAAGAAGCCGGGUUGGAAGACGAGGCGGCCAAAUAUCAUAACCCAGACUGGCCUCCCCUCUCUCAAAGACCACCUCCCUAUAAUCUUCCACCCUUCGUGGGUCCUACCCUUUCCCAGCCUCGAAUCGCUCCUCCCGUUCCUGAGGCGUUCGCUUCUCAGCAAAUCCUAGAUGAACCCCUCCCCUCAAAAAGGGAACUCAUUUCCCAAAUUAAAAAACUCCGUGAGGCCAUUCAGCUCAAAAAAGAACAUAAUGAAUUAGUUAAAGAGUUAAGAAUGCUCGAUUUAGAACUCACUGACCCUCCUAGUUCUCCCGAACCCCCGCCCGCUCCCGUUUUACACAAGACCUCUAAAAUCCCUAAAAGACCCCACCCCCAAAGGUUAGAUCUUUUUCCGGUCACAGAGACCUUUGUCAAACUGGGUGACGAGGAUGAGGAAGAGCCCGUCCGAAACUCUGCACGUCUUGGCUUUAAGACUUUAAAAGAACUAAAGGCAGCGGUGACACAAUACGGUCCCGUGGCCCCCUUCACACUUUCGAUAUUAGACACCUUGGGGGAUCUUUGGCUUACACCUAAUGAUUGGUUUCACUUAGCAAGAGCUACCCUUUCUGGCGGAGAUUUUGUACUGUGGAAAUCAGAAUUCUCCAAGAACUGCAAGGAAACCGCCCGCCGUAAUCUUGAGGCCUGCGGGGAAGGAGCGGCUUGGACGCUUGAUAUGCUUAAGGGCGCUAAGCCCUAUGACACUAACGAGGCUCAAAAAAACUAUGCCCCGGGGCUCUUUGCUCAGAUACAAAAUGCGGGCCUUAAAGCCUGGAGAAAACUCCCUCAAAAAGGGGCUCCUACCACUUCAUUGGCUAACAUUAGACAGGGUCCCGACGAGCCAUACAGCGAUUUCAUCAGUCGCCUUACCAGCGCGGCAGAGAGACUUUUAGGUGAAGCCGAAACUGAUACCGAUUUUAUAACUCAUUUAGCAUUUGAAAACGCUAAUCCUGCCUGUAAGGCAGCCAUCCGGCCUCACAGGAGAGGAAAGCGUCUCUCUGAUUACAUACGUUACUGCGCAGGCAUUGGCUCCGCCUAUAACAUCGGCAUUGCUAUCGGGGCUGCCCUAAAAGAUUUUUCUCAAGGCUUUUCUAAUAAAAAAUGUUUUAAGUGUGGUCAAGAGGGACAUUUUGCAAAAGAUUGUGCUAAAAAUGGUGGCCCCCCAAAACAAAGCCGUCCCUCUAACCUUUGCCCUCGCUGUAAGCGUGGCAAACAUUGGGCCAAUGAAUGCCGUUCCAAAACAGAUGCCCAAGGCAACCCUCUGCCUUCAACUCAGGGAAACUUCCUGAGGGGCCAGCCCCAGGCCCCAAAGACAAGACGAACAGCACACUCCAAGGCCUCCACAUAUACCCUGGAAUAAUUGAUAAUGACUUUACUGGGGAAAUAAAGAUUAUGGCAGCCGCUCAAAAAAUUCCUCUUACUAUUUCAAAGGGCCAGAGGAUAGCUCAACCAAUCCUUCUACCCCUACAAAAUACCCAAAAUAUCCUACCAUGAGUCACCACGGGGGGGGGGGGGGGUUUGGCUCUUCCGAUGCAUACUGGAUCAAAAAAAUCAUCCCAAAUUAAUCCAUGCUAAAAUUAAAAUUAAAUGGUAAAGAAUUUGAGGGCCUCAUAGAUACGGGCACAGAUGCCACCGUCCUUAAAAAAGAGGGUUGGCCUACCUCUUGGCUCCUUUCUGCUACCCUCACCCACUUACAAGGAAUAGGGCAGACCAAGAACCCAGAAAAAAGUGCUCAGUUACUGACCUGGAUAGAUGACGAAGGUAACUCAGGCACUAUUCAGCCCUUUGUUAUUCCAGGUCUACCAGUCAAUUUAUGGGGAAGAGAUUUACUCUCUCAGUUAAAAUUAAUGAUGCUCAGCCCCAAUAAGGUCAUUACUUCUCAGCUGUUAAAUCACGGCUUUCUUCCCAGACAGGGUUUGGGAAAACAAGCCCAGGGCAUUAAAGAGCCCAUUCAAGUUUCUCAGAGGCCAGAUCGCUCAGGCCUGGGAAAUUUACCCUAAUGGUCACUGACAUGCCUGCACCCCAUGCAGAUAAAAUUUCUUGGAAAGAUGAUGUUCCUGUAUGGGUUGAUCAGUGGCCUCUUAAUUCUGAAAAGUUAACCGCUGCAGAGCAAUUAGUGCAGGAACAGCUUGCGGUCAUGUUGAGCCUAGAAACUCCCCCUGGCAUACCCGUCUUUGUGAUUAAAAAGAAAUCAGGCAAAUAGAGACUUCUACAAGAUCUUAGAGAAGUCAACAAAACUAUGACAUUGAUGGGGGCACUACAACCGGGUCUUCCCACUCCGGUGGCUAUCCCGCUCCAUUAUUUAAAAAUUGUAAUUGACCUCAAAGAUUGUUUCUUUACCAUCCCCCUACACCCUGAAGAUAAAAAAAGAUUUGCUUUUAGCUUGCCUACUACCAAUUUCAAGGGCCCCGUGAGACACUUCCAAUGGAAGGUCCUCCCACAGGGCAUGGCCAACAGUCCCACCCUUUGUCAAAAAUUUGCAGCCCAAGUAGUUGACCCUCUAAGACAGCUGUGGCCUUCCAUCUAUAUCAUCCACUAUAUGGAUGAUAUUCUGCUGGCCAGCAACGAUGGGAAUCAGCUCCUACUCCGCUGUGAUUCCCUUACCCAGGGCCUCGCAAAAAAGGGACUUCAAAUCGCCCCCAAUAAAGUACAGCUCAAAGAUCCCUACACUUAUUUAGGCUUUGAACUCAGAGGACCUUUGGUACAUACUCAAAAGGCUCAGUUGAGGACAGACCAUUUGACUUCCUUAAAUGACUUUCAAAAAUUAUUAGGAGAUAUCAAUUAGAUGAGACCAUAUCUAAAACUCACCAUGGGAGAACUAAAGCCCCUAUUUGACCUCCUCAAAGGAGACUCUAAUCCUAAUUCCUCCAGAUCCCUAACUUCAGAGGCAAAGGCUGCUUUGGCCAAGGUAGAAACGGCUAUUGGCCAACAAUUUGUAACCUUUAUAGACUAUGCAAAGCCUCUUCUUCUUGUCAUUUGUGCUACGCCCCAUACUCCCACAGGUGUGUUUUGGCAGACAGGGCCCUUAAUGUGGAUCCAUCUUCCCUCCACCCCAAAGAAAAUAAUCAUGCCAUACUAUGCCAUUGUAGCUGAACUAAUUAUUUUAGGCAGAGAACAUAGAAGAUGGUAUUUUGGUAAAGAACCAGAUACAAUUAUACAGCCCUAUCCAAAAGACCAAAUUAAUUGGCUCUUUCAGACUACUGAAGACUGGCCUGUUGCAUGUUCUUCAUUUGCUGGACAGUUAGAUAACUAUUACCCUGCCAAUAAACUACUCCAAUUCAUGAAGACAUCCCUUUGUCUUCCCCAAAAAUGCCUCCCUUAAGCCCAUUCAGGAGGCCCUAGUAAUCUUUACAGAUGGGUCCUCUACGGGGAGGGCUGCCUUCACAGCCCAAGGCCAGACUGCCAUUGUGCACGCCCCUUAUACCUCCACUCAACUUGUAGAACUGUAUGUUGUUGCUGCUGUCUUUAAAACCUUUUUUGAUAAACUGUUCAAUUUAUAUACAGAUAGUGCUUAUAUGGCAUAUUCAGUUCCAUUGCUAGAAACUGUGGCCUUCAUCAAACCCUCCACAAAGGCUGUUUCUCUCUUCCUUCAGAUUCAAGAGGCCAUCAGAUCUAGAUCUCACCCCUUCUUCAUAGGACAUCUUCGGGCCCACACUGGUCUCCCUGGCCCUCUGUCAGAAGGAAACACAAUUACUGACCUUGCCACCCAUACAGUCUGCCCUGCCUUUGAGUCUGCCAUACUAAAGGCCCAACAUGCUCACUCCCUACAUCACCUAAAUGCUCACACUCUUAGGCUUCUUUUUAAGGUAACUAGAGAACAGGCUAGGCAAAUAGUCAAACAAUAUCCCUCUUGUAUAACCUUCUUGCCUACCCCACAUCUUGGGGUAAAUCCUAGGGGACUCAUCCCAAAUAAUGUUUGGCAGAUGGAUGUGACACAUAUCCCAGAAUUUGGCAAUCUUAAAUACCUUUAUGUCUCCGUUGAUACCUUUAGUGGGUUUAUUUAUGGCACUCUUCAGACGGGAGAAGCAGGAAAGCAUGUCAUUGCACACACUCUGGCCUGCCUAUCUAUAUUAGGAAAACAUAAAAUCAUUAAGAUAGAUAACGGACCUGGCUAUGUUGGAAAAAAUUUUCAAUCAUUUUGUUCUCAGUUCCAAAGUAAACAUAUUACAGGUUUCCCAUAUAACCCACAGGGUCAAGGAAUUGUUGAGCAAGCACACCAAACACUCAAACAUACCUUUGAAAAAUUAAAAAGGGGAGAAAUAUACCCUGUCAAGGGAUCCCCAAGAAACAUUCUUACCCACUCUCUAUUCAUCCUCAAUUUUUUAAAUCUAGAUGCAAAAGGAAGAUCAGCAGCAGAUCGCCUCUGGUACCCCAACACAAAAGACAAUUAUGCUAAUGUAUUAUGGAAGGACCCAUUAACCUACAAAUGGUCCAGCCUCGACCCAGUGCUCAUUUGAGGCCAAGGAUCAGUUUGUGUAUUUGACACAAAAGCGGGAGCAGCAAGAUGGUUACCAGAAAGACUGGUUAAGCAGAAUAAUUCUAACCCUUAUUCCAGGGAAAAAUUGAACCCUGAGAUACCCUGUGAUUCUUCCACAGGAAUGAAGAACGAUCAUGGUCCUACUUCGCCAGAUGACUGUCUGCAUCCUGAUGCUGAUCUGCAUUUAUCUAUUGAUGAAGACCUCGAGAGACUUGAAACCACUAUUUCCCACCUUGAGAAAUCCCUUUCCUUGCUUGCUGAGGUUGUCCUCCAGAACCGAAGAGGCCUAGACUUGCUUCUCCUCCAGCAAGGAGGCCUUUGUGCAGCUCUUAAAGAAGAAUGUUGCUUCUAUAUGGAUCACUCUGGGGUGGUCAAAGACUCUAUGGCCAAGGUCAGAGAGGGGUUAGAACAUAGAAAGAGACAAAGAGAGCAAGAGCAGAGCUGGUUCCAGAACUGGUUUUCCGCCUCUCCCUGGCUAACAACUCUUCUACCCUCCUUGGUAGCACCCCUCAUAGGCCUGUUACUCCUCCUUUCUUUUGGACCUUGGGUCCUCAAAAAACUGACCAGUUUAGUAAAACAACAAGUAGAAGCUUUUCAAGCAAAGCCUAUACAGGUCCACUACCACAGGCUAGACUUAGCCAACUGAGGCCUGGCCGAAGAUUAACGGCCUUUUCUGGAUAACCCCGCCUAAGACAGGGACAGGGCCAAGGCUGCUCUGAUACCCUAUGACGGGUAAGGGGAGAUCCACUUAUCAGGGACCCAUUUGCCAAUGACGGGACUUAGCAUGUCUGUCACUUUCACCUGCCUGGUUGCCAACCUAAGAUAGGAAACUCCAGCCAAUGAUAGCUGCUGGGGCUUCAGUGAUGGGUAAGGAACCUAUGUGAAAGAGACUCGCACGACAUGUAGCCUAAGACAGGCGUGGGUCACCUAGGCCUCUUCCAUUUUUUAUAUGGUAAUAAAAAGGGAGACAUGCGGGAAACCGCCCCCUCAGGGACCUCUGGUUUGAGGAACAAGCUACUCCAUCCUGUAUAAAAACUCCAUUAACCAUAAGCCUGCCUGACACGUACACAGGCAAGGCCACCCCUCACCCACUUCCAAGAUAUGUUUACUUAACCUCUGCAGCUUCACUUCUUCCUGGAACAGUUCCACAAUUAGCAGUACAGAUAUGACCAAAGAUGGUAAGGAAAGAACAUUCCAUGGUUAGGUAACCAUAGCAACCCCACUUAAGCAAAUCCCUCCAGACUCCAAAGCCAGCCUUAAAUACAUGUGGAAAAUUUUCAAUAAACGUGACUUGAUCAGA